AUGAGCGAUGACGUAUGUUCGUUGCGGGACUAUCAACGAUAUUCUUCAGUGAGUUUUUCAGAAGGAAAAGUAAUGGCUGUUGGGCUUGAAAAACAUCUUGAGAAAAAAAUACACAGAGAUAUCUUAAGGACUUUUGAAGAAAGACCCAAACUUUCAGGCCCAGUUUUCUAAGCUUUUUUUUUCUCUGGGACGUUUUUCUGUGAGCUCAGUUUUCCAAGGUUCAAAUUAUUUGACUUUAAAGUCUGUGUUCUAGAAAAUCGAAUAUAUCUCACUUCAGUGAAAACUUAAAAGAAUUAUUAAAUCCGAAAAAUGUAUUUUAAACGCUACUAAAAAUCUACAAAAUUGAAGUUGCAAAUCCAAAUUUCCAGAUGGUCUCAGCCGCCACCUCAACAAUUCAUUUAUUAAAUGAAGGGCCGUUUUCGGUUCUAUUUGCUUCCUCAGUAGUUUACAACGCCGUCAGUCAAUUUUCCUACCAUUCAGCGAUCCGGAGUAUAAGAAAGCGGAGGCCUAUUUAUGUGAGUCCAGUUUGAGGCUUCCAAAAAAAAGGUUCUUUUCUACUCUUCGAUUGCAACAGAUUUCAAAGUUCAGUAGGGAAAGAAUUCUCGAAAUGCGGAGAAGAUAUGCAGGCAGAAAAAACAGAGAAAGUCUCUUCAGUACUCCACUGAUCUCUCUUCAUGCCUUUUUUUCUUCUAAACUAACUCGAAUCACGAGAAUUUUUCAUUUAGUUAAAGAAGCUUUGGCGAAAGUGAAGAAAACCCCGAAAAAAAGAGCCUUUUUUGUGAAAAAGUCCAGUGCUUCGAAAAGAUCUCGAGCCUUGCUAAGAAUAGGAAAAUUUCAUCAAUUGCUCGUAAAAAAAUGCUAUAGAGACGUCUGAAAAUCUUCUUUUUGGAAAACCUCUGAUCCUAAGCCAUGGGUGAUUGAAAUACUCGAAAAUGUUUUCAGAACUUCUCUCUAACGAUACUGGCUCUUCUGCGAGUUGCUUUUAUAAGUCUCAGGGACGAGUCUACGAUCGCCCUAGUGAGUAAUUUGACGGCAAAAAUCAAUUUAAAGCGCAAAAAUUCAGUUUUUCGCCUACUUAUCACUGUUCGUCGCGUUUACCGAGAACCUCAGCAUGUUAAGUUCGGCAAAAUACCUGGAAGCCACCUACGAUUUGAAUGUUCGACGUCAGCGCCGAAGACUCUACGAUCAGAAUCCCUACGCCGCGCCUGCAGCUUAG